CUAUUAAGCUUUUAAAAGGUCACGGCCUUUUUAUACUCGUGUUAUUAUAAAUAGUGCUGUUGCUCAAGUUAUUAUAGAUAGUGCUGUAUAGUUCCACAUCACUUACGCUGGUGUGUCGAUACGUACCAUAAUGGAUGGCAGUAUCUGUGAUACGCUCACUGUGAGUGACAUGCUCAAUGACCUUCAGCUAGAACGAGAAGCUAUGACCGAUGGCGAGAUCAGUACGUUGGGUCUAUCUCGGGAUGAAAGUUCAAGUACAGCUCGUGGGCCUGGAGUAGACAAGGAAAAGGAUGCACUUUUCGAUAAACUACGCGGAUUCAUGGUUAAAUAUAAAUGGCUUAAAACGGUGUCGCGCGACUUCGAGUCGAUAGAUAAGAACUUAGCCGAGUUGAAAGUAUACCUAGAUAGAAGGUGAUGUGCAAUAUACGUGUAUAAGUACCUAUGUCGAGAUCGUCUGUGUUAGGUGUAUACGAACAGCGCGUGUAUACUUACAAAAUGGAAGUGUUCAGUUCAUUCGAAGUGCCUAACUUCACUUCCGCCAUAUCGACGUUGACCUGCCGCUCACACAGUAGUGUGUGUACCUGCAGAGUGUCGGUACAAGACCACUCUGCACUCCUUACUCACCCAAACAUUUCAAGACUGCUAUAUAGUUACAAAGAAAGGGGGAAAGCAUUACUCUGAUUGAGACAAACAUAUCAGAAAAGAAUCACUAUGUACGCGCAAGGCAAACGCUAGUAUGUGGCACUGCACCGUCACAGGCCAGUGCCUCCUAGUGGUUGUAGGAGGAUACUUAUUCGUCUACCCUUGCGCUUCACUUUUUACAUAGAAACAUAGUAAUAAAUGCAGGAAGAUCUUAGUUAUAUCCGGCCAAUAUAUGCACAUUGAUACCUAGUUUAUCUAGACCAUCGCGAUAAACUAAACGGUUUGCCAUUUGAUCUUGAAAGCAUCCAUCUUCUACUCUAUACCUACACUCACUCUAUAUUAUAGUCCGUGGAUUUGUCUGCCGUAGUUACCAUCUCGAGGUCAAGUCUACUGAUUUAAUAGCAAUUUGUGUGAUCCCAGUUCAAUUUCUAAUUCCUACAUGUCGGGUGCAGAUUUGCGUCCUUGCGGUAUAUAUUCACCUGUUUCGGUGAACAUAUCCCUGUAAUCGGGUUUGAUACUCCAGUACUUCCUUGUUGCAGUCCCGCCCUCCUUGCUGGGAUACCUCUUCUUCAUAAACGCCUUGUUGCUUGCCAAUUGGUGUCUAACACUCGACUGCCAACUCUCCGCGAGUAAUUGCUUUCCAUUCGGUAGCCGUUCAGAGAUGUAGCUAUACAACUCCGGAAGUGUUACACGCUCGUCGCGCGACGCAAAAAUACACUUCCCUAUCAGAGACGAGUAAGUGUGCUUGGGCAUAGGUGGGUUUCUGCGCUCAGCGACCUUGGCCGACCUGUUUUCCUGCUUGAUGUUCGCUGAUGUCUCAGUACUUUCUUUUAUCGCUGGACUUUGCCUGCCACACAACCCACUAGGCGUUGAACUCUCCAUCUCGAUUAUUACCGGCGUUGAUCCAACAGAAGUUGCGUGUGGUUUCAGAAACUCAGAGUCUGCGCGUGUGCUAUUACUAUUCAACCCCGAUUGCUGACAUAUCUGAUCUUCGGACACCCACGACCUCAUACUUUGACUGCGCUUGUUCUGCAAAGAGUCUAAGCAUAUGGCGCUCCUCUGUGAACUAACUGAGAGGGCAGAGUCCCUUUGCUCCAUUGUAAGCUGUCCCCAUUCAUUCGUGCGUGCGUGUGGUAAAGUAUUUAGAGCGCUGUGCGAUAUGCUAUUCAAAGCUCUGUGCGAAAGGCUGGUUCUCGACCCGUGUGGAAUGCUACCGGAGGUACUCGUACUAUGCCUGCCGCUGAGUGUGCGACGUCUCUCAUAAGGAAGCGCUCUUUCGCGAGUGUGUGAGUGCUCACCCGACCACCGAUCGACGGAUUCCUGUGAUGUUGAUGCGAACUUGUUCACGUGUGUUCCCGAUAGUUCUUCAUCGAAUGCGUACACUGAGUCGGAACUGUCGUGGGAACUUCGCGCUAAGUAAAGAGAUGUGAUUGCGUCCCGCGCUGGCGAUUUCAAUACACGGUCGCGCCGCAGUCGGCUUGAAUUCUGAUGCCUGGUUUUGCUUUUUAUAGUGUUGUCACUUUGCCUUCGAGUGCACUCUGCGUGCGGUCUGCUGCUGUAUGCUCUCUGCGCGUACCGCUUAUCUAAUAAGGUCUGCGUGUGAUGGUGCGCGGCCAUGUGAAGGUCCGGGGCACUCUUGGGCUGUCGUGUGUAGCUGCGGUGACUGACCGUGCUACUGUUAUCGCUGUGGUCAUUCAAGGCGUUGUAGUCAGUUCUAAGAUAGUCUGACCCUGUGCUUGUAUGUUCUCCUUUGCGACUGAAACGCUGCCUAUCGGAGUGUGCCUGUGUGGAUGCUGUAUCACGUACAAUCGAGAUUGCCUGUGGCUUUUGGGCACGAUUUGCGAUUGGUCUUCUAUAUCUA